CACAAGAUGUUUCAUAAAUGUUAAAUGUUGCAGUUGUGUAAGGUGCAUAGCACUGAACACAUUUGAUGAAACACUGAGUUGUGAACACACAGCUCACUGCAGAGGCAUUACAUUUGUGCAUCUCUAUUCACUGACGCGGUUUUAGUGAUGUUGGGUUCAGGAGUGCUGCUCGUCCUGCUCUUGGUGUGGCAUCGGUCCGAUGGCCAGAACUCUGAGUCUAUGUUCCAGGUAGUAACACAGACCAUGCUGCCACCUGACAGCGUGCACAACCCCACACAGCUCAACUACGGCAUGGCGGUGACGGAUGUGGACGGUGAUGGAGACCUAGAAGUGGUGGUUGCCGGAUACAACGGUCCGAAUCUGGUGCUGAAGUACGACCGCACCCAAAAUAAGCUGGUAAACAUCGCCCUCGACAACACAGACUCCCCAUACUAUGCACUUAGGGACAGGGCAGGAAAUGCUAUUGGAGUGACUGCCUGCGAUGUGGACGGAGAUGGACGUGAAGAGAUCUAUUUCCUCAACACCAACAACGCCUACUCUGGACGGGCUACGUAUUCAGACAAGCUUUUCAAGCUUCGCAACGGUCGCUAUGAAGAUCUGCUCAGCGACGAAGUCAAUGUCCGCCGGGGUGUCGCCAAUCAAAUGGCUGGACGUUCAGUUGCUUGUGUCGACAGAAAGGGAACAGGUCGGUACUCCAUUUACGUGGCGAACUACGCCCAAGGAAGGGUCGGUCCACACGCCCUCUUAGAAAUGGACGAGAGCGCCAGUGACGUGUCCAAGGGAGUCAUUGCCCUCUCCGACGUCGCUGCUCAGGCUGGAGUCAACAAGUUCACAGGUGGUCGCGGCGUGGUUGUUGGACCAAUCCUCAACCACAUGAGGUCUGACGUGUUCUGCGACAAUGAGAACGGUGCCAACUUCCUGUUCAAGAACAAUGGAGAUGGGACUUUUGUGGACAUGGCCCAACAGGCGGGUGUGGAGGACCGGGCCCAGCAUGGCAGGGGAGUAGCUCUGGCUGACUUCAACGGUGACGGAAAGACAGACAUCGUCUACGGCAACUGGAAUGGCCCACACAGACUCUACCUUCAGACCAGCGACUUCAAGUUCCGCAAUGUUGCCAGUAGAGAUUUUGCUUCUCCGUCGCCUAUCCGCACCGUCAUCGCUGCAGACUUCGAUAAUGACAAGGAGCUAGAGGUGUUCUUUAACAACAUUGCCUACAGAGGAGAUGCACCAAACAGAGUGUUCAGGGUGUCAAGAAGAGUUAAUGCAGACCCUUCGAUCGAUGAGCUUAAAGUGGGAGAUGCUGCGGAGCCGCAGGGGCGAGGAACAGGUGGAACUGUGACGGACCUGGAUGGGGAUGGACAGCUGGACCUGCUGCUGGCUCAUGGGGAGAGCGCCCAGCAGCCAAUCUCAGUCUUUAAGGUCAAACAGGGAGCGUCCAACAAUUGGCUGCGGGUCAUUCCUCGUACCCAGUUUGGGGCGUUUGCUCGUGGUGCCAAGGUUACAGUCUUCACCGCUCAGAGUGGGUCUCUCACACGCAUCAUCGACGGAGGCUCAGGGUACCUGUGUGAGAUGGAGCCUGUCGCCCACUUUGGAUUAGGAACAGACGAGGCAAAAGUCCUGGAGGUCUCCUGGCCAGGCGGCACCACCAUGACUCGGGCUCUUGAGGCUGGAGAAAGGAACUCUGUGGUGGAAGUAGCCUACCCCAGAGACGGAGACGUAUCUGUGCUUGCCAACGACACGCAGUGUGGGAACGGCUUUACUGUCAGGAAUGGGCGUUGUGAAGCAGGUAUUUGAGGAAAAUCCCAUUAAAAAGCAUUAAAGGGUUUCUGUGACAGACCACAGAGAGUCUGGCUUUGAAUACUUUCCCUGUGGAUCUGUGCUUUUCAAAAGGCCAUCUUGUUUUCUUACUCUAUGAGUAGUUUUAUUGUUUUAGUUUCCCUUAUUUUCACUAACUUCUUAUUUUUACUGCGUUAAAAAGCUGUUAAAUAAAGUGCUUUAUUUCACUA